AUGCCAUCCACAUCUUCAAAACCCUGGAUCCUACCUGUGAACUUAACAGAGAGACCUGUCUGCAAAAUUGUUCCAAGUAGACCUCAGCCCCGCUGCUUCCUCCUGCCAGUGGGCUUGGAGCUCUGGGUCUAUGUUCAGAAAAUGCGUAACCUGCAGAAGAAGAGAAUGGAGGCGUCCUGUCUGGAACUGGCCCUGGAAGGAGAGCGCUUGUGCAAGGCUGGGGACUUCAAAGCUGGGGCAGCCUUCUUCGAAGCAGCAGUGCAGGUGGGGACGGAGGACCUGAAGACUCUCAGUGCCAUCUACAGUCAGCUGGGCAACGCAUAUUUCUACCUGAAGGAGUACUCCAAGGCCCUGGAAUACCAUAAACAUGACCUUACCCUGGCCAGAACCAUUGGGGACCGCAUUGGAGAAGCCAAGGCAAGCGGCAACCUCGGGAAUACAUUGAAAAUACUUGGGCAGUUUGAUGAAGCUGUCGUUUGUUGCCAGAGACACUUGGACAUUUCCCAGGAGCAGGGAGACAAGGUAGGUGAAGCCAGAGCACUCUAUAAUAUAGGAAAUGUUUACCAUGCAAAGGGAAAGCACUUAUCUUGGAACAUGGCCCAAGACCCAGGCUACUUGCCUCAAGAAGUCAAGGAGACGCUACAGAAAGCUUCAGAAUAUUAUGAGAGGAACCUGUCCCUGGUGAAGGAGCUGGGGGACAGAGCUGCGCAGGGCCGUGCGUAUGGCAACCUCGGCAACACCCAGUACUUACUUGGCAACUUCAGUGAAGCUAUAGCCUUCCACAAGGAGCGCCUUGCUAUUGCUAAGGAGUUUGGGGACAAGGCAGCCGAGCGGAGAGCGUACAGCAACCUGGGCAAUGCACACAUCUUCCUUGGGAGGUUUGACAUCUCUGCUGAGUACUACAAGAAAACACUCCAGCUCUCCAGACAACUCAAAGACCAAGCAGUAGAAGCCCAGGCUUGCUACAGUCUUGGAAAUACAUACACACUGCUUCAAGACUAUGAAAGAGCAAUUGAGUACCAUCUAAAACACCUGGUGAUAGCACAGGAGCUGGGAGACAGGGUGGGAGAAGGAAGAGCCUGCUGGAGUCUCGGAAAUGCCUACGUCUCCCUGGGGAGCCAUGAACAAGCCUUGCACUUUGCAAGGAAACAUCUUGAAAUCUCGCAAGAGAUCGGGGACCGGAGCGGUGAGCUGACAGCACAGGUCAACAUGGCCCAGCUCAGGUCGGCCCUUGGCUUGGGCCCCGGGGAUGAGGACGUGGGUACAGCUCAGCACUAUUCUGGCUAUGAAGCACAAGGAGCCAGGCCAAAGAGACUCCAAAGGAACAGCAUGGACAGCUUAGACCUCCUGAAGUUCCCUUCUGAAAAGGACCAGAAUGGGGACAGCCAUCACGUGGGAGAUCUGAAGAUCUCAGGAAAAGAGUUCUUGUCAUUACCUGCGAGGUCAAAGAAAUACCGAGAGCACCAAUCCAGUUCAGAGAGAAAGUCCCAGGGGUCAAGUACGUCACCACUGGAUACCAGCGAAGUCCGAGUCCAGGUGUCACAGUCGGUCCUGCGGCUCGUGACGGCCGCAGCGACUGCAGGGCUCCCUUCGGCAGUUGCCCCAAAAAGGCCGGGAUCUGAGGAGCCUGCGGAGGAUGCGCUGCCAGGUGCAAAGCCGAGUGGAAGUUGUGCUGGAAACAACAGCGAUUGCUCGCAGGCAGCGGUGAAUGUCGGGGCACUGGAUCUUCUGGGCCGAGGCGGCAUCUUUGGUGUCCUCCAGGAGCUGGCCGAAGCGCUGUAG